UAAAUCUUGGCGCUUGGAGAGGGGAGCAGAGUAUUUGAACUGUUUUGGAGGAAACCUACAGCGAGUCACAAUGGGGGAUUCUCGCUACCCUGUCAGCGUCCGGAUCAUCGGCAUCAUAUACAAAGACAAGAGCAAAUUGUACAUGGCAUCCGUGCUGUGGUCUGACCAGACCGAAGUGGUCGUGUACAGGUCACUCGGGGACUUUAAGAAGUUUCAUAGGCAGCUGAAGAAGAAGUUCCAAGUGGACAGUCCUUUUGGAAAACGCGGCAGAGUGCUGCCCAGAUUCGGAGGUUGGAUGCCUAAGGUGAGUCUGCAGAAGAGGACUCCAGCCAGGGCUGUGCACCGUGUGAAGGCUCUGCAGAAAUACUGCACUGAUCUGCUGCAGUGUGACCCCAGCAUCACUCAAGCAAUUGACAUCAUUCAGUUUUUCCUGCCCAAUGAGCAUGAGCUCCAGCCAGAGUUUGUACAAAACAGUGUGAUGGUUUUCCAGUCAGAUGACAUCCCUAGUGGGCAAACAGGAAGUGACUCGGCCAACAAGUAUCUUAAUGUUGGAAAUGUGACCCAGCCUUUCAUCACCAAAACAUAUCGCUGUGUGGCUCCAUAUGAGACCAAGGACACCAAGAACAGACCUUUUAAAGUCACUGUGGAUGAAACAUUAGAUGUGCUCAUCAAAGAUCAAGCAGGUUGGUGGCUGGUGGAGAAUGAGGAAAAACGUUUAGCCUGGUUUCCUGCUCCCUACCUGGAGUUGUGUGAAGAAGAAGAUGAGGAAGAAGAUGAGCUGGAUGUGGUUGUUGAAAGGUACUGUGCUGUAAGGAGCUACACCUCCAAAACAAAAGAUGAGCUUUCGGUGACAAUUGGCGCCGUACUGGAGGUGCUACAGAAGUCCGAGAACGGCUGGUGGCUCGCUAGACAUAAUGGAAAGGCAGGCUAUGUUCCAUCCAUGUAUCUGCAGCCAUACACCAGCCCCACCUUCAGCCUGCAGAAGAAGCUCCACACCUCCACCCUUAACCUGUCGACCACAUCCACCCUCCUGCAGGAGAUUUCCUACUCCACCGAGUCUCAGUUGUGCUCCGUCAGGCCGAAGAGCCUGCACAAGUCCCGCUCUGUGGAGGUUCUCUCAGAGCCUCCGGCCGAGCACAACGCUCAGGUCCAGCGCAGCGACUCUGAUAGCCGCAAGAGCAUCGUCAGUGGAGCCAGUGGCGAGACCGACUUCAGCUUUAGCUCCUCCAGCUCUCUGGGUCUGAGUCUGUCCAGCUCUGAGGGGGAAGAGACCCUGAGACAGGCAGAGAAAGAUCCAGAAGCAGACAGUGGUGACAGCGGCCUGUCUGAUGAGCAGCCCAGCCCCACCAGUAGAUAUUCCAAACUUGGUCCCAGAGUGCCCCCUCGACCACAAACCCAGGAGAUCCUCACUCGCUGCACUACCUUCACUCGCAAAGCUGCCCUGGCUACACAAACCCGCCUGUUCCCUGAGAGAAUCAAGAAUGAGUCCCAAGCUGUUGGAAGAGAUUAGACAGGCAACAUAAAAACACAGUUUAAAAACAAUUUAUGUUUUAAAUAUUGGACUUUAAUACUGGACAAUCUAUUAUUUCUGUAUGGUAUGAGCGUACUUGUCUUGUCAAGAGUACAGUUCUUUGUGAGGUCGGCAAUAUGAAGAUAUGUUAUAUGCUUUUCUGCGUAUCUCUGCUGUCAGAAGAAAACCUUGUAUCUCCAUUUUUGUCGUUUUUCAGUUUUUAACAUAGUUUUAAAAAGCCUUUUGCCCUUUAC